AUGCUAAAGAAGAAGUCAAGCGAGGGCGAAAAGAAAAGGAAGCACCCACCGCCCGACGAGCGGCAUCGGAACAGUAAGCGUAGAAGCGCCGAAAGCAACGUCGAGGACGAGUUCGCCGACCCGGAGCUGGACAGGGUCGGCAGUGACAUUGAGGAAGGCGGACUCGACCUCGGCGUGCCGUUUAAGCCCAUAAACGCCUACGUCGGCGACAAGAAAAAGAUGCUGGAGCAGUGCUUCGGGGUGUUGGGAGAAAAGAAACUACGUAGGAUGCUGCCCGAGCCAUUCAAGGAUUUGAAUUUAGAGGUGGUCCGACGACUGUGCUGGGAGCAACUGGAACCAAUUUCGGAGAGGAACAUCAUGCAGAUCCUAUCUGGGGGAGAAGUUACCGAAGAGGACAACGCCAGCCAACAGAACUCGCAAAAGAAGGAAGACGACAACAUGGACUCCACUGCCAAAGAACCCGAAAAGACUGAAAACGCCCAGAAAGAGGGCACAGGCUCCAACGAUGAGAGCGACGUCCUCAGCAUCGACGCCGGCGACAGCGAUAUCGACGCACCUAAGGAGGAGCCGCCCGGCAAAACGGCGGAAAUCGGCGCUGGCGGACACCCCUCGCGGGGCAAAAAGGACAUCCAAAGCGACAUCGACCGAAGCGUUAGCGAAAUUUUGGCGCCGGCGGAGAAGGAGGCCUCUGCAGUCGUUCGCUGCCGGGCGGACACGGGGGCGGACGCCGCCCCGUGUCCGCCGUCCAUUCAGCAGCUGGAACUUCUUGAGCUGGAGAUGAGGGCACGUGCCAUCAAAGCCCUCAUGAAGGCCAGUCACGGAAAAAUGUCUUAA